AUGGCAACCUCAUCUCUUCAAGCAGCAAACCUCUUCAAUGUUAAAGGGCUAGUAGCUGUCAUUACCGGUGGCGGCAGUGGUAUUGGUCUAAUGAUGGCCCGCGCCCUCGCUCUCAAUGGUGCUGAAAAAGUGUACAUCAUUGGGCGUCGCAAAGAAGUUCUUGAAGCUGCCGCCUCUUCCGUUGAGACCGGUAAUAUCAUCCCGCUCGUCGGCGACGUGACUGAUAAAGACGUUGUAUCCUCACUUGUCUCGCAAAUCGAGUCUGAAGUAGGGUACAUCAACGUUCUGAUUGCCAAUUCGGGCAUCGCCGGUCCCCAAGCCACCAAACCCAUCACGUCGUCCUCCUCCAUCUCCGAAUUUGUUUCCUCGUAUGGAAGUGCGAGUAUGUCGGACAUGACCAAGACUUUUGAGCUGAACACCGUAGCCGUCUUCUCUUGUAUCAUGGCUUUCUUGGAUUUGUUGGAUAAGGGAAACAAGAAGGGAAAUGUAGAGCAGAAGAGUCAGGUUAUUGCCACAAGUUCGAUUGGUGGUUUCAAUAGAAAUGUACCAGGAGGAUUCACCUACGGACAGAGUAAAGCUGCUACAACGCAUUUGAUGAAGCAAUUGGGUACACAACUAGCACCGUAUGAAAUUAGGUGCAAUACUAUUGCCCCUGGUCUAUUCCCAUCUGAAAUGGCCGCCGCGCUCAUCGGUGACGGAGUUUUCUCCAAUGAUAAAAUCCCAUUGCAAAGAGUGGGCACGGAAGAAGAUAUGGCGGGCUGUAUCCUCUUUUUGGCAUCAAGAGCUGGAGCUUAUUGUACCAGCACCGUUAUUGUAAUUGAUGGAGGUCGGUUGAGUAUCAUGCCUAGUACUUAUUAA